CCAAAAAGGCUAAUGGCAUUUUCAUAGAAUCAUAGAAUAUCAGGGUUGGAAGGAACCUCAGGAGGUCAUCUAAUCCAACCCCCUGCUCAAUGCAGGACCAAUUCCCAACUAAAUCAUCCCAGCCAGGGCUUUGUCUAGCCUGACCUUAAAAACCUCUAAGGAAGGGGAUUUCACCACCUCCCUAGGUAACCCAUUCCAGUGCUUCACCACUCUCUGAGUGAAAAAGGUUUUCCUAAUAUCCAGCCUAAAUCUCCCCCACUGCAACUUGAGACCAUUACUCCUUGUUCUGUCAUCAGGUACCACUGAGAACAGUCUAGAUCCAUCCUCUUUGGAACCCCCUUUCAGGUAGUUGAAAGCAGCUAUCAAAUCCCCCCUCAUUCUUCUCUUCUGCAGACUAAACAAUCCCAGUUCCCUCAGCCUCUCUUCAUAAAUCAUGUGCUCCAGCCCCCUAAUCAUUUGUGUUGCCCUCCGCUGGACUCUUUCCAAUUUUUCCACAUCCUUCUUGUAGUGUGGGGCCCAAAACUGGACACAGUACUCCAGAUGAGGCCUCACCAAUGUCGAAUAGAGGGGAAUGAUCACAUCCCUCGAUCUGCUGGCAAUCCCCCUACUUAUACAGCCCAAAAUGCCAUUAGCCUUCUUGGCAACAAGGGCACACUGCUGACUCAUAUCCAGCUUCUUGUCCACUGUAACCCCUAGGUCCUUUUCUGCAGAACUGCUUCCUAGCCAUUUGGACCCUAGUCUGUAACAGUGAAUGGGAUUCUUCCGUCCAUUUUGGGCUGUAUAAGUAGGGGCAUUGCCAGCAGAUUGAGGGACGUGCACUGGAUGGGGUACCCCAGGUGUUGUGAUAGGCAUGUGCAGGGCCCACGGAUCUUGAAAGGUGUAUUGUGAGGUGUUGAUCAUUGUAGCAGUGAUGAUUUGUCUGCAGGUUUUGUAGCUGUUGUUCUGGGAGCACCUGGUGCUGCUUUGAGUUGAUGUGUUCUGGUCUGUGGGGAGCUUGCUUCUGAUGAUGAGCUUGGAGAGUUGGUGUUGUUUGAAGGCCAAAAGUAUGAAUUUAGGAUUCUUCCUUUCAGGAUAGGGUCCUCAUCAAGGAUGGGUUAUAGUUGUUUGAUAAUAUCCUGUAUAGGUUCCAGUGUGGGGUGGUAGAUGACAACUAGGUGUGUGUGGCUGGAAGGGGUUUUAUUUCUGUACCGAAGCAGGUUCUCUCAAGGUAUUCAGAUGGCCCGUUCCAGGAUGCAAUCUACUUCUCUGGUGGAGCAUCCUCAUUUGAUGAAGGUGUUUUUAAGUGUGUUAGGGUAUAUAUCCCAGAUUUUCUCCUUGGAGCAUAUUCUGUGGUAUCUUAGCAACUGUCUGUAGAUAAGAUUUCUUGGUGUACUUGGGGAUCUAUGAAGGUAAGUGUGGUGAUCUGUGAGUUUCCUGUAUAUAAUUGUCUGUAGAGUUCCAUUGUUGAAGCUGGUGGGAGUGUCCAGGAAGUUGAUGCUGGUGUGGGAAUGUUUCAGAGAGAGUUUAGUGGACUGGCGGUGAUUGUUGGAAUUAUGAUGGAAAUCUAUGAGCGAGUUUAAGCCAUCUGUCCAGAGGAUGAAAAUAUCGUCAGUGUGUCUCAGGUAUAUCAUUGGUUUCAUGGUGCAUUUGUCCAGAAAUUCUUCCUCAAGAAGAACCCAAGAAGAGGUUGAUAUAUUGGGGAGCCAUCCUAGCCAUCAUGGCUGUUCCCCUGGUUUUGACAAAGUGUUUGUUGAAUGUAAAAUUGUUAUGGGUUAGGAUGAAAUAGAUGAGUUCGGCCAUGUAUCUUGGUGCUAUCUGAGGGAUGUCCAUUGUCUUGUAAAUGUUUGAGGCAGGCAGCGAUGCUGUCAUUUUGAGGGAUGCUGGUGUUUAGGGAAGUGGCAUUCCUGGCGGUGAGGAUGGUGUUCUGAGGAGGCUGUUAAUGAUGUGGAGUUUGUGGAGGAAGUCAUUUGUGUCUUGGAGGAAGCUGGUCUUUUGUGUGGCAACUGGGAUCAUUCAUGCCGUCCUGGAGAAGUACGGCUCUUAUGAGCGCUUUGAAGUGGCUACUGGUGGAAGAGUGCUGAGCAAGUGCCAAAUCUGGUCUAUUAUCCGGAAGUACAUGCAGAAGGAGGGCUGUGUGGGAGAGGUGGUCGUUCAUCUGACCGAGGACCUCCUGUCCCAAGCUGUGAUGAUGGUGGAGAACAGCCGGCCCACCCUGGCGAUCAACCUGUCUGGAGCCCGGCAAUACUGGCUGGAGGGCAUGCUGCGCCACGAAAUAGGCACUCACUACAUCCGUGGGGUGAAUAAUGCCCGCCAGCCUUGGCACAGCAUGGAGGGCCGUAAGCGGUACGGCCUGAAGCCUGCUAACCCCACAGAAGAAGGCCUGGCUAGUCUGCACAGUGUCCUCUUCCGUAAGCAGCCCUUUCUGUGGCGGGCAGCACUGCUCUACUACACUGUCCACCAGGCCACUCACAUGUCCUUCAGCGCGCUCUUCCAGCACUUGGAGCAGUAUGUGCAGGACGCCCUCGUCCGGUGGGAGUACUGCGUGCGGGCAAAACGAGGCCAGACUGACACCUCACAGCCAGGCUGUUUCAGUAAGGAUCAAGUGUAUCUGGAUGGAAUUCUCCGCAUCCUGAGGCAUCGGCAGACUAUUGACUUCCGGUUGCUGGCAGCACUGGGCAAGGUCUCCUACGAAGAUGUGAAUCAGCUGAAGAAAUUUGGGGUUCUGGAGAAGGCACGAAUCCCCCAUUUCAUGCAGGACAUGGAACGGUACAGGCAGCAGCUUGACCACAUCGUCGCCACCAACAGACUGAACGAGGAGGAGCUCGAGCAGUUGCUGCCGGGCUGACCAGGUCUGCAGGGUCCUGACCUGCCUGCCCCUGUGGCAGUGUCCCACUUCCCAGGCCACACUGCCUUGCGGACAGGAAGCCUUAGGCACAAAAGGGAGUUGUCUUGUGUGCAUGUCUGAUUGCAGCCGUCCAAAGCAUUUAGGGUGCCCAGGGGUCUGUGUAUUAUUCAUUUUGUGACUGUUCGGCAGGUCAGUCCUGACCGGGAGGAGGCUGCCAUUUCAGAGCUUCCUCCCAGCCAUUCAGCAUUGGGUCCUGCAAAGGGAGAGCUGGUCGGGUGUGGGUUCCUGCAGCAGGCCACGGCUUAGCAGUAUGGAACGCGGCAGUGAGGGUGGGGGGAGGGGACGAUGGCUAAGAUGCAUGCAAUGCCACAGGAGGGAACUAGCACCACAGGUGCUUUGGGGGUGGUGUUUUUAAAUGCUGUUGCUGGGAGAGGGCGCAAGGAAGGAUGAUGGAAGAUAGUUAAACAAAUCCAAGGUGGAGAACAGAAAUGUUCUAUAGGAAUCACUGAGAGGACGGUGAAGUCUGCAGAUCAUAGAUUAAAACCCUAGGAGGAAGCGGUGGACUGGUCAGGGAGGGUGGAAGGAUGUGAGGUGUUGGAGGAGCACAGCCGGACGAGUGCUGCACUCCAGGAGAGGGUGAAGGAGCACCAGGGCUGUUCUCAUCUAUAUCGGUUCUUGUCCUGUGCUCAUCGCUGCAGUACCUGGGCAGAGGGGAAACCAUACAGCUAGGAGUGACUUCUCUAGCUGGGGAGAAGGGACUGGAUAUUAUUAAAGAAAUCAAAUGUAGGCUGCAUGCCAUGAAAAGCUUCUGCCAGCGCGGUAUUCCCUCAUCAGGAGGUGCUCUGGUCAGCACCAGAACUCAGUCAGCUGCUUCUUUGCUUCCCACCCAGACAUUGCCUGUAAAAAUGCCUUUGCCCCUGACCAUUCCUCAGCUGUAAGGAAGAUUUUAAUCCCCCCAAUAAAGAUUUUUUUUCCA